AAUUUAAAGUAUUUUGGUAAUUUGAAACAGUUGAAUUUGAGUGAAAAUAUGAUAAAGAAGAUUGAAAAGUUGGAUGGGCUGGUUAGUUUGCAAGUGUUGGAUUUAUCAAACAAUGAAUUGAGCAAGAUUGAAAACUUGGGACGUUUAAUUAACCUUAAAUGGUUGAAUUUGUCACACAACGGAUUAAGGAAGAUUGAAAAAUUGAACGGGUUAAAUAAUUUGGAAAAAUUGAUAUUAUCACACAAUUCUAAAUUGACAGUUAUUGAAAAAAUUGAAAAUUUGGAUGAAUUGGUGAAUUUGAAAACAGUUCGGUUGGAUCGCAAUAAAAUCUUCAAGUUGGAUAAAUUGGAUAAAUUGAGAAAUCUAGAAGAGUUGAUGAUUGGGGAAAAUCAAAUCACCAGGCUUGAGAAUUUGGACAAGUUGAACAAUUUAAAGCGUCUAUCGGUAUCUGGAAACAGGGUUUUAAGAAUUGAAAAUUUGAAGCAGUUAAUUAAUCUUGUGGAACUUUAUAUGGUGAAUUGUGAAAUUACUAGGAUUGAAAAGUUGGAUGAGUUGAAGAAUUUGAAGAAGUUGCUGAUGUCAAACAAUAAAAUGAACAAAAUUGAGAAUCUAAGCCAUUUGAAACAGUUGACCUCGUUGGAUUUGAUGAACAACAAGGUGAAUGGGAUUGAGAAUCUUGAGAAAUUGAGAAAUUUGGUUAAUUUG